GUUUGGAGGAAACCGUACUGGGUGGCUUAGGGCGGCCGGAGCCCUAGAGAGCGGUGCCGCCCAACAACCUUUGCCUUCGGCAGGGGGGCCAGCUCCGCCUCUUCUCGUAUCUUUCCCAUAGCCCAAAAUGGCGGCGGAGGUGGAUUUCGGCGACCUAGAGCUGUUCGAGGCGUUUGACCACCUAGAGGAGUCGACUCCGAAGCCAGUUCACACCCUCUUCAAGGACGACGACGGCGACGAGGAGGACGAGAAUGGGGUCGGCGACGCGGAGCUGCGGGAGCGGCUUCGGCAGUACGAGGAAACCAUCGAGCAGCUCCGCGCCGAGAAUCAAGAACUUAAAAGAAAAUUGAACAUUCUGACUCGACCAAGUGGAAUAUUGGUGAACAAUACUAAAUUAGAUGGACCUUUAUUUCAGAUUCUAUUUAUGAACAAUGUUAUUUCAAAGCAAUAUCAUCAAGAAAUAGAGGAAUUUGUAUCAAAUUUAGUAAAAAGAUUUGAGGAACAGCAGAAAAAUGAUGUGGAAAAGACUUCCUUUAAUCUUUUGCCCCAGCCUUCCAGUGUUAUGCUAGAAGAGGACCAUAAAGUAGAAGAAUCCAGUGCUGUUAACAAUAAGGAAGCUUUUAGUGUUGUAGGAAGUGUCCUGUAUUUUACUAAUUUUUGCCUUGAUAAAUUGGGGCAACCGCUACUAAAUGAAAACCCUCAGCUUACGGAAGGAUGGGAAAUACCCAAGUACCAGCAAGUCUUCAGCCACAUUGUUUCUCUAGAAGGGCAAGAAAUACAAGUAAAGGCAAAAAGGCCAAAGCCUCACUGUUUCAAUUGUGGUUCUGAAGAGCAUCAAAUGAAAGAUUGCCCAAUGCCUCGGAAUGCUGCUCGAAUAAGUGAGAAGAGAAAAGAGUAUAUGGAUGCCUGUGGUGAGACGAGCAAUCAGAAUUUUCAGCAGCGAUACCAUGCAGAAGAAGUAGAAGAAAGAUUUGGAAGAUUCAAGCCAGGAGUUAUUAGUGAGGAACUUCAGGAUGCACUGGGUGUGACGGACAAGAGUCUUCCACCUUUUAUAUAUCGAAUGCGCCAGCUAGGAUACCCACCAGGCUGGCUCAAAGAGGCCGAACUAGAGACCUCAGGGCUUGCACUCUAUGAUGGAAAAGAUGGUGCUGAUGGAGAAACAGAAGCUGGAGAAGUACAACAAAAUAAAAGUGUCACUUACGAUCUCUCGAAAUUGGUAAACUAUCCAGGUUUUAAUAUAUCUACUCCCAGAGGAAUUCCAGAUGAAUGGAGGAUGUUUGGUUCCAUACCAAUGCAGGCAUGUCAGCAGAAAGACGUGUUUGCCAAUUACCUAACUUCUAACUUCCAAGCGCCGAGUGUGAGGUCCAGCAGCAAGAGGUCUUCGUCUCUGCCCAGCCCUAGUAGUCCAAAGAAGCAGAAGAAGGAAGGCAGCUCGGCAGCCUCGCCCGCCGACAUGGAGCUUGACUCGGAUGCAGAGGUCCCGCACGGGCCCCCGAGCAGCGAAGCUUUUCAGUUUCAGCCCCCGCUGCCCCCUGGCACUCCUCCGCUGCCCCGGAGCACCCCUCCACCCAUCUUCACGCCUCCGCUCCCCAAGGGCACCCCGCCGCUCACUCCCAGUGACUCACCCCAGACCAGAACUGCAUCUGUGACUAUGGACGAGGACGCACUGACUCUGGAGGAACUUGAAGAACAGCAGAGGCGGAUCUGGGCAGCCCUCGAGCAGGCCGAGAGCGUAAACAGUGAUUCUGAUAUUCCUGUUGACACACCUUUAACCGGGAAUUCGGUUGCCUCUUCACCUUGUCCGAAUGAGCCUGACCUCCCUGUCCCAGAGGGAAAAACAUCUGAAAAGCAGAUGUCAGAUGAGGCUGAGGUACCAGACACCUGCACAGAGAAAUCAGAAGUUGAACAAACCUCGAGUCCAGAUUCUGAGGCUGCCUUGCCUGGCCAGAAGGAAGAGGAAGGGCCGGCCGAGGCCGACUCUGAAGGUACUCUUGACAGUGGCAGGGUCGGGUCAGACUGUGAGGUCAAGAAUGGAGGCAGCAGCCAGAAGCUCCUUCAAACGGACACCAGUCCUGGAACAGCCACUAAAAUCCAUACCCCUGUCCCCGACAUGAGCAAGUUUGCAACCGGAAUAACGCCAUUUGAAUUCGAGAACAUGGCGGAAUCUACUGGAAUGUACCUCAGGAUAAGAAACUUGUUAAAGAACUCGCCCCGAAACCAGCAAAAACACAAGAAGACUUCUGAAUAACUGCUUUUGACAUAGCACCAAGAGCUAUUUAAUUAUAACUGUGCAUUCUGGUAAUUAGUACUAAGUGGACAGGUAAAAUUAUUUUCCUGUUUGUCCCUCCCAUGUUAAAAGAAGUCUAUCUAAGGCUUAAUUGUGGUCUGAAGUCAGGCCUCUUUUAAAGAACAGAAGGACCGAGCUUGCUGGUUUACUGUAUUUUAUUCUCGCCGAUAAAACCUUGCGGGGGGGGGCGGGGGACGUAGGGAGGAGCUGGUUUAGAGGUAGUUUGUUAAGGUUUAUACUAUUUUUGGAUCGUGUCUGUCAAGAGUGAUGGUUUUUAUCUGUCUUUUGUACAUUGUUUUCCCUUUCUACAUUUUGCUAAUUAUCCUGUAUGUAAGUUUAAUAUAUCACUUUUUAAAAGAAAAAAUUCUAACCAUUUAAAAUUCAUAUUUCAACUCUGUCAACCAAAUGAGAAAAAUCAGGGAUGAGCAGCUUUAUCCCAUUUCGGGUAUUUUUGUAAGUGAUUUACAUGCAUCAGUUUUAAUAACACUUUUACUUUUUUGUAACUUCAUUCUUCAUAUAAGCUUGCUAUACAGGUAUGUUCAUCUUUGUGUACAAAGGUUUAAUAAAUUAGUUUUCAUAUACAUAAUCUGAGACUUUGAAUACAAAAAGAUGAUUCACAGUUAAAUUAGUAUAUACAACCUUUAAGUUUGGAAGUAAAUUAUGUGGUUGCAAAAAUUAGU